CAGAGCGUCAAGGUAGUUAGGCUGGGAGUGUUCGUGUGCCGGUAGCGUAUUUUAAAGGUCAUACAUGUGACGGUUGUCAAGUUGUAAGGAAAGUAUUAUUGAAGUGACCCCAGGACCAUGUCGGCAGAGCUGCCCCGUGACAUCAACAUCCGCGAGCCUCGGUGGGACCAGGGCACAUUCAUGGGUCGGGCCCAGCACUUCUUCACUGUCACCGACCCUCGAAACGUCCUCCUGUCUAGCGAGACACUGGAGGACGCGCGGGUGACAGUGGAGAACUACAGGCGUGGCAUCGUGAAGCCAGGCCUGACCGAGGACCAGCUGUGGAGGGCCAAGUAUAUCUAUGACUCUGCUUUCCACCCGGAUACCGGCGAGAAGAUGCUUCUGAUUGGCCGCAUGUCUGCGCAGGUGCCCAUGAACAUGACGAUCACUGGCUGCAUGCUCACCUUUUACAGGACCACUCCAGCUGUGGUGUUCUGGCAGUGGGUGAAUCAGUCCUUCAAUGCCAUCGUCAACUACACCAACCGUAGCGGGGAUGCUCCACUCACUGUAAAUCAGCUGGGAGCUGCGUAUGUCAGUGCCACCACUGGGGCUGUAGUCACAGCACUGGGGCUGAAGUCUCUUACCAAGCACCUGCCUGCUAUUAUGGGCCGGUUUGUUCCCUUUGCUGCGGUUGCUGCUGCCAAUUGCAUCAAUAUCCCCUUUAUGAGACAGAGAGAACUGAAGUACGGCAUCCCGGUGACAGACGAGAACGGCAACCGCUUGGGUGAAUCCACCACAGCAGCCCAGCAGGCCAUUUUUCAGGUGGUCGUGUCUCGGAUCGGCAUGGCUGUGCCAGCCAUGGCUAUCCCGCCUGUCAUCAUGAACGCGCUGGAGAAGAAAGCUAUCCUGAAGAGGUUUCCUGUACUCAACGCACCGGUGCAGGUGGGCCUAGUGGGAAUUUGUCUGGUGUUUGCCACGCCACUGUGUUGCGCCCUGUUUCCCCAGAAGAGCUCCAUGGCAGUGAGCAGCCUGGAGGCAGAGCUCCAGCAGCGGGUGGCUGAGAUCAGUCCCAAAACUGUCACCGUGUACUUCAACAAGGGCCUGUAGCUGGCCGGCCAAGUGCCGGGCCCCCUACAGGCACAAGAGGGGCGAUGCACCGGCAAGCCCACUGGUCAUUCCGGAGGUAUUUGGACAGUGUGACUUCAAGCCAGUCACACAGUCUGCUUUACAGUUACAAGAAGUCAGUUUUAUAAGGCAGACUUGGUGGUAUGCCACAGUCCCUGUAAAAACCACAUUAGUGUUCCGUAUGUGCCAUGUGAGGAUUUCCAUGCUGUAUUGUGUUUUAGCCUGAAAGGGGCAGCUGGACCCUGCUCCAUUCUCGUCAUACAGUCUCAUUUCCAGGGUUGCCAACUCUCACGCAUCUGGCGUGACAGUUUGUCUCACACACUCGCACAAGAUAUGUUACGACAAAUCUGUAUUCCAUUAUAAACCUAAAAUUAGCUACAUCAAAAUCGUUGGGGUAGUUUGCAAAUCAUACAGACUAUUUACAAGGUAAUUAAACUGCUGCAUUUACGUAAUUGUGUGUGCAGACUUGUCUGGAAUUGAAAAUCUCACUCCAGCCGCCUGUACAAAGCUGGCAACCCCGCUCAUUUCAUUUCAGUCACUCCAUCAGUACGAGUAUUUUAAAUGCUCACUUUUGAUUUCCAGAAGCAUCUGUGCGGGAAACGCAGAGUACAGCUGACAGGGCGAAACCUGGCCGAUUGUUACCAAUUAGAAUGUCUUCCAGCUGACUGUGUGUGUGUGUGUGUGUGUGUGUGUGCGCGUGCGUGCGUGUGUGUGUGUGUGUGUGUGUGCAGGAAUCCGCUGUGGGUUUUACACUUGCCAUGGUCAGUGUGACCAGCCCGCUGCCUGUGGUGCUUCCCCCUCCCUCUCAGCACACCCCUGUAGCGUAUUUACCUCGUGAGCAGUUUCGGAGACGUUGUGACGGUAAUCGUGACCAAACCUAUGCAUCCGUGAGGCUCUUUCAGUGUUCCGUACAGCCGCUGUUGUGCUUUCUGUGGUCCAGUAGUAGAAAACUCACAUCAGAGAUCCUUUUAAGACUGCGAGCAGGCUGGCAGGACAGCCACCUGUUACAAAGUCUCCUUAGUGUGGCCACUGGCCGUGAGCCUGUGCAGACAGAUCUGGCUCUUGCAUGGUUUCCCUCUUUAAUCUCCAAUAUGAUGGUGAUGGUGUCACAGGUCACAACUGAGCACAUUCCCUUGAUACACACUUAUGGGGGUGGUCAGGCCACAUACGAAAGAACAACAUUUGCCAAAGAUUGAAUUGGACCUUCUGCACAGGUUCUAGGCCACCGUUUCUCAGCCUGGUCCUCGAAGACCCCCAGAUGGUCCACUCUUCUGCUCCCUCACAGUUCUAGCCUAAAAGUAGACUGUCUGGGGGUCCACAAGGGCCAGGCUGAGAAACACUGUUCCAUGCCAUCGUUUUUAAACCAGUGCUUUGUGGCUUAGGUGUUCAACAGCUUUUAAGUCUUAGUUUUUUUCUUCUCAAAAAACAAUACAAUCAGUUAGUGUAAUUCACUGGAUAAAUUAGCUUUUUAGCUGAAGCCACCAGCAGAAAUCGUUUGAAAUGGCUGUUUAAAGGCACAAAUGUCCAAUAUGCAAAGUGACUGAGGGUAAUCCGUCUCAGUGUUGUAUUGAUUGUGUGCACUGUGUGUGUAAUAAAGGGAUGGGGAACAAA